CUUCCCUACCAGUUCUCUACUGGAUACCAAGCUGUUUGGAUGCUUUAGAGAGAAUGUCUGACCGGAUCUUCUAUAUUCAUUCAAAUUUGUCCUCUGUCCCCUGGGAGGGCUGCACAACAGCAGUGGAUCCCACUUCUCCUACACCUGCUCACUACCAUGUCCUCUACCAAGGGUGUGGAGAAACCCAGGUGGGCUGGCAUGGGGAGACAUACUGCCUGGUUGGUGGCUACCGGACCUAUGGGGAUGCUCCUAUGGCUACCCCAGCAAAGACGGAAGCAGAGAAACCAACUCCCAGACGGGCUCCCAAAAGACGCCGAGCUGUGUCAGAGUCGGAUAAAGACAUAGGUUGCUCCAGCCCCAAAAUUCGGCGAUUGCAGCACAGUAGCAGGAGGGUGAACCCAAAGAAACUUGCUGGCUGAGCCACUUUAUACGAGGGCAAACAUUUAACUGCCUAAGACAGUUAAUGCCUCUUUCUGAAGUGACCCCCCCACUGCCCACCACUGGAGAUUAGAACCAGAUUCUAUCUGAGCCUUCCUCAGACAGGAGCCUCCUUUCAUGUUAACUGGUCAUGGGCAUGGAGCCUUAGAAACUCAAGUUUGAAACAAAAGCCUGCUCUGAACAUCCCAGGGCCAAAGCUGGCCUGGAAGAAAAUCUGAUGUGUCUUUGCUCAAUUCUCUAGAGCCCCUUCUUGGGAGGAAGAAAGAAAAGUUUGCACUCUUUGAGCUAAGGAGGACUCAGGAGCAGAGAGAGCGUUCAGAGUGGCCUAAGUAGGGGCUCAGUCCAUCAGAUGGACUCCUGGCCUGAAUCAUUGCCAGCAACCACCAAUUAAACCAAGAGGGGCUGGGCUUUUUUAAACUAAAAAAAGCAAUCUGUGUCUACCGAGGGAGCCUCUUGUCUGGAGUAUCAGGAGGCAGAAUAAAGAAACCCAGGAAGACCUGCUGCCCAGAGCCGGAAGAAAAUGGAGAGUUGGGCGGCACCACCACUGAGGUUCACGUGCUCCUUCAUUCCCAGCCCUUUUUAGCCCCAGUGGAAUUUCUUACUGUUCAAUAAAAUCAUUUUCUCUAACAUAUUUGACUUGAAAUCCAGUUUGUCUGAGGCCAGGCCCCUAAUCUCCCUUUUCCCUUGAAGUAUAUUGCCACAUGGGAUAUCUGUUGCUCAAACACAUGCUGCCUACAAAAAAGACCCAGGAGUGCAGCUUCUGUGUGGCUGCCACAAUGACACCUGUGCAAAUUGGUCCAGGACACA